UUCUACUCAUAUUUAUUUACAGCAAGAACAUCAAAUUCCCCUCUCUCUCUCUCUCUAGCUAAAAUAAAUACAGUAUAUGGUCUCUCUCAAUUCUCAAGCACAUCCACACCCACACCCAAACACACAAAAGAUGCACAGAAUAGUCACAAAUUUGCAGGUCAUUCACGUCAUAUUGGUUCUUGCUGCCACGUUUCCGCUGAGAUCAACCGCCGGGCGGUUACACAGUCAUGAUAACUUCCGGUACUGCGCCAUAAGCUGCCGCGCUAACGCCGCGUCCCUGACGGAUUUCGGAGGAGUCGGAGAUGGAACGACGUCGAAUACGAAAGCUUUUCAGGCAGCCAUCUCCCAUCUGGGGCAGUACGCGGAAUAUGGCGGAUCCAUGCUGUUUGUUCCGCCGGGGAAGUGGCUCACCGGAAGCUUCAACCUCACCAGCCAUUUCACUCUCUUCCUGCACAAAGAUGCUGUUCUUCUCGCUUCUCAGGAAGAGAGUGAAUGGGCUGUGAUAGAGCCACUGCCAUCCUACGGCCGAGGGCGAGACACCGAGGGUGGAAGGUACAUCAGUCUAAUCUUCGGCACAAACCUUACCGAUGUUAUUAUAACAGGGGAUAACGGCACAAUUGAUGGUCAAGGGGAGUCAUGGUGGAACAAAUUUCACAAGGGAGAACUACAAUACACUAGGCCUUACCUCAUCGAGAUCAUGUAUUCCGAGAAUGUUCAGAUAUCCAACUUGACUCUCCUUAACUCGCCUUCCUGGAACGUCCAUCCUAUCUACAGCAGCAAUGUGAUAGUGCAAGGCCUAACAAUUCUGGCACCUGUAAAAUCUCCAAACACAGAUGGUAUCAAUCCAGAUUCUUGCACCAACACUCGGAUUGAGGACUGCUACAUCGUGUCCGGGGACGACUGCAUUGCGGUGAAGAGUGGCUGGGACCAGUACGGGAUCGCGUUUGGGAUGCCAACCAAGCAGCUGGUGAUCAGAAGGCUCACUUGCAUAUCCCCAGACAGCGCUGUGAUCGCGUUGGGGAGUGAGAUGUCGGGAGGGAUUGAGGACGUGAGAGCGGAGGACAUCCUCGCCAUCAAUUCAGAGUCGGGCGUUAGGAUCAAGACAGCUGUCGGGAGAGGCGGGUAUGUCAAGGAUAUAUACGUGAGAGGGAUGACGAUGAAAACCAUGAAGUGGGCGUUCUGGAUGACGGGAAACUACGGUUCUCACCCAGACAACAACUACGACCCCAACGCGUUUCCUUCGAUCCAGAACAUCAACUACCGCGACAUGGUGGCUGAGAAUGUGACCAUGGCAGCUAGGCUGGAGGGAAUCGCGGGUGAUCCUUUCACCGGGAUCUGCAUAUCCAAUGUGACAAUCGAGAUGGCUAAGAAGGCGAAGAAGGUCAUCUGGAACUGCACCGAUGUUGAAGGGGUGUCGAGUAGUGUAGUUCCAAAGCCCUGUGAUAAGCUGAUGAACCAGGAAUCGGGUUGCGAUUUUCCCAAAGUGCCUUUACCUAUAGAUAAUGUGGAAAUACAGAGCUGUUAUUACAGAAGGAAGUUUCCAUUAGGUGAUCAUGUUCUCAAACAUUUGUAAUUUGAAUACCCCACUAAUUGCUGCUUUGUGAAGAUCAGCAUACCUGGAUAUCUACCGCAUGUAGCGGCUGGUCUUGAUCUUAUCAGAUUAUAUAUAUAAAGAUCUGCAGUAAUGACCUUGUUUA